AUGGAGCAUGGCCUGGUGCUGAAGAAAGGGCCAAAAAAGUGGCAGCUGGUGAUCAACAUGCAGGCCAUCAACAAGGUGCUGGUGGAGUGGUGGUGCAAGUUCAAAGGGCUGGCAUCACUGUCCCACAUCACUGGCAAGAACUGGUGGAUGGUGACAUUUGACCUGGCACAAGGGUAUCACCACAUGGAGAUCAAGAAGGAGGUGAGGGCACUGCUGGGCUUCCAGGUGGGCUGGUGGUGGUUUCACUAUUGUGUGAUGCUGUUUGGCCUCUGGUGGUCUCUGUGGGCCUUCAUCAAGAUUGUGCACUGCAUGCUGCAGGAGUGGUGUGAGAUGUACCUGGACAACUUCAUGGUGCUGGCGCCAAUGCAGGAGGAGAUGCUGCAGGUCUGGGUGGAGGUUAUCAAGCCACUACUCAGAUGCCUGGGCUGGUGGCACAAGCCAUUGAAAGGGUGCUGGGAGCCAACCCAGGUGGUGGAGGUGCUCAUCCUCAUCAUUGACCUGUGA